UUUUCCACCGCUCUAUAUAUGCUCAAUUUCUUAUCUCUCUUCCAUUGUUUCUAGGGUUUUUUUUUUCUUUUUUUUUUUCCCUUUAAUCUUACGAUUUUGAAGCGCUUGUAUUUCCGGAAAGAUUUCGUAUUUCCACCACACGAUUUGCAUCUCUCAGAGCUUAUAGGGUUGUACAUCUUUGACGUUUCAGAUCUCUGUAGUUGUUCUGAUAAUUCUGCGAAUUUCUCGAGAUGCCUCCAAGGACGGUAAAGAGAGGGGGGGCGUCGGCAGGUUCGAAGAGAGGUGGGAGGGUUACCAGAGGUACGCCGAAGAAGCAGGAGAAGCAGGAGCCGGUGGUGGAACGGGAGGUUGUCGAAGAGGUAGCGAAGGUAGAGGAGGUCUCGGUGGUUGAGGUUGAAGAAACCAAGGAGCUUCGUGAGGAAGUCACAGUGCAGGAAAAAAGCCCUGUUGUCGAAGAUAAGCCCGUUAUUCAGAAUAAACCGGUAGUUGUCGAGGAGAAACAACGGAUUGCCAUAGACGUCGAGGAGGUUGAACCUUCGCACGAAGUUAGAUCGAAACAGUCCGCUCCUCCUAAAAAAGAUGAAGAAGAAGUGAAGGACGAAGAAUAUGGAAAGGAUGAGCGCUUGGAUCUUGAAGAUAAUGAUCCCGAAUCAGAACCUGAGGAGGAUGCAGGUUUUGAGUUUGAUGAAAAAGAAAUUGAACAGGAGGCUGUUCAGGAGGUGGUAGAUGGAGAGGGUGAGCCUGUGGACAAUGUGGGCCAUGAGGAGGGUGAUAUGGGUGAUGAUGAUGUUGACGAUGCUCAGGAGGAUCUCGAAGGAGAGGAUGAUGAUCAACAAGCUGGUGAAGACCGUGAUCAUGCUGGGAUGGUUGAUGUUGAUGAGGAUGAGCAUCAUGAAGUUGUAAAGGAGAGGCGUAAACGCAAAGAAUUUGAAGUGUUUGUUGGAGGCUUGGACAAGGAUGUAAAAGAGGAGGAUUUGAAGGAAGUUUUCAGUGCAGUUGGUGAAGUUACUGAAGUCAGACUGAUGAUGAACCCCCAGACAAAGAAGAAUAAAGGUUUUGCAUUCUUACGUUUUGCUACGGUGGAAGAGGCAAAGCGUGCUGUGUCGGAGCUAAAGAACCCAGUGAUUAAUGGGAAACAAUGCGGUGUGACUCCAAGUCAAGACAGCGACACACUUUUUCUUGGUAACAUAUGCAAGACAUGGAAAAAGGACAUUCUGAAGGAGAAAUUGAAACAUUAUGGAGUUGAUAAUGUUGAGGAUCUGACAUUGGUAGAAGAUAGUAAUAAUGAAGGAUCAAAUCGUGGAUUUGCCUUUUUGGAAUUUGCAUCGCGUUCAGAUGCCAUGGAUGCCUUCAAGCGUCUACAAAAAAGGGAUGUUGUAUUUGGAGUUGAUAGACCUGCCAAAGUGUCUUUUGCUGAUUCUUUUAUAGAUCCUGGUGAUGAAAUUAUGGCACAGGUUAAGACUGUUUUUGUUGAUAGUCUCCCUGCCUCAUGGGAUGAAGAAUUUGUUCGAGGACUCCUUAAAAAGUAUGGAGAGAUUGAAAAAGUUGAGCUUGCCCGAAAUAUGCCUUCGGCAAAGAGAAAGGAUUUUGGAUUUGUCACCUUUGACACACAUGAUGCUGCAGUUUCCUGUGCAAAAAGCAUCAACAACUCAGAGCUGGGUGAAGGGGACAACAAGGCUAAAGUAAGGGCUAGAUUAUCCAGGCCUUUGCAAAGGGGCAAAGGAAAACAUGUUAGUCGUACUGAUUAUUGGCCUGGUCGUGCAACUGGACGAGCAGUAAGGGGUUCUUGGGGGCAACCAGGUCCACGAAGUCUUCCUGUUCGUGGAGUAAGAGGAGUUGGCAGCCAUCUCCCACCUGUUGGUGUAAAGAGGCCAGGUGGGCUUAGAGAUAGACGUCCUGUCAAUGCAAUGCCAGCACGAGGAAGACCAAUUGCUCCCGUAGCUAGGUCUUAUGAUAGGGGACCUCCUGUUGCUUCUUAUUCGAAGAGUAGCUUGAAGAGGGAUUAUGGUCGACGUGAGGAACUGCAUCCAUCCAGAAGCAGGAUGCUUGUAGACUAUGCCUCCAGGGUUGUACCUGAGAGAAAUCCAUCCUAUAGAGAUGAUUAUGCUUCACGUGCUGCUGCCUUCUCUGAUCCACCUCGAAGAGAUGCACCCAGGAGAGCUUACGUAGAUGAUGGAUAUGGCCGAAGGUUCGAGAGACCCCCUCCUCCAAGCUUCCGUGAUGUACGUGCACGUGAUUAUGAUGCUAUAAUAGGAUCAAAACGCCCAUAUUCCUCGUUGAGUGAUGUGCCUCCAGCUUAUGCUGAUGCUGGUGUUCGUCAAUCAAGAAGUCGUUUGGACUAUGAUUAUGGUGCUGGUGCUUCUCAAUAUGGAGACGCUUAUGACAGCAGGAUCAGCAGAUCAAAUAUUGGAGGAUAUGAUAGUCGAAGCUCUAUCUCAGGUUCCUUUAGUAGUGACGUUGGUGGAAUGUACUCGUCCAGCUAUGGUGGGGAUUACAUGACUCGUGGUAGCAAUGCGGGUAGCAGCUCUUACUCAUCUAUGUACCCUGGACGUAGUGUGGGAGGAGGCGGCAACUAUAUGGGCAGCGGUGGGUCUGCAUCAUACUAUUGAUGCAAGUCAUACUGCUCUUUCAUUGUUCCAUUCUUGCCAUGAUUCUUCUUUCUUCUCUCUUCUCUCUUCUCUCUUCUUUCUUCCUUUUAUUUCCCCUCCUGCACUUUCUACGUUGGAGACCUUUUCUCCAUAAGAAGAAUGCCCUUCUUCUUUCUAAGAAGAGUGAUUGGUGGAAGUGGAACAAUAUGGUCACAAGUUAUCUGUUUAUGGAACAGACUUGAUAUGAAAAAGAGGCUCCUAUAGUAUGUGGACGAUGUUUGGAAGCGUACAUUAUCUGCCUACAGUUGUGGGAAGGAAACUUUAUGAAGAUUAACAGCCUCGAACUUUAUUUCUAGAAUAUGUAUUGAACCAUGGACCCGACUGGUUAAGUUGUUAAGACCUUGGUUUUUGAUAUUUGUAAUUCUGGAUUGGACCAUGUAAGGGAACUUGUGACGUAUUCAGAAGUGAAGAAAGACGUGCCUGAUUGUGCAUAUUCUCAUAAGUUGCAUUUAUGUUUUUCUCUUGAGAACACUUCCCUAAAUGGAAGGUGGUGUUGGGGGUCACAAGUGAAGAAAUUGAAUAUUCUUCUUAUGAUGCCUUGAUGGAUUAGUGCAGUCUUGGAAACCCCCUCUAUGGUUUGUAGGACUGAGAGACCAACUGUUGAAUUCAAGUAAGUUUUGCCCAUGUGGUCAUUUGAUGCAAGAAAUAUCAAGCUUUUUGGAUACUUUCUAGUACUAAUAAAGUCUUUGGAGUGUUGAUUGAUGAUGAUGGCUUAACUAGAGAUGUACUGGAGCCUUUUAUUCAAUAUAUUUUAUGACUUACUGGUAUGCUCUGAUCUGAUACUGACAGGCUUUAGUUUGUUCUUAGACUGGUGGGGUAUCUAUCUAACUUUGAAGUCUUACCAUUAUACAGAGCUUUAGAGUUUUUUCUUAGACUGGUGGGGU